UAUUUCAAUUAUUUUUGUCAAUGCCGUUGAGCAGAUAUUUUAGCGCAAUUGGACGAGGUCUUUGUUCACACCACUAAUACGCCCUAAUACAGUAAGAACAUUUUCAUCUAUCUGAAAAUUAUCAUUCACUAGCCCCAGAAAUUUAUUCCUUUGUUCUCUCGUCUCUACUCCCCAUCGUGAAGCAUUAACGAAAAGACGAACAUCAACGGCCUCUCUCCUGGUUACCGUUCUCUCUAUCCUUGGUACAGGAACAACGAGGAGGAUGAGGCUCCUAGUGGUACGCGUGCUCGCGUCGGUCCUCCUAGCUAUGGCCACCGACUCAAUUCCAAUGCGCACGGCACGCACGAUGAUGUCGCUGACGAAGAUGUCGGAUCUCGAGGGCGCGGCCUCCGGCUACGCUUACGAUCAGCGCCAGAGUCUUCCCGUCUCGUACGUACAAUAUACGAGCCACGGUCCGGGGCCCUACGCCUACACCGACUACGGGCAGUACGAUGAUGGCCUCGGAGCCCUUGCCCCUUAUUAUCCACUCGUCCAUCAUUACGAGAGCCCUUACCAAUUGCACGAUCGUUUGGACGAGCACCGUCACCAGCAACGCGGUGAAGAUGGCUCGUUCGAGGAGGGCGAAGGUAGCGAGCGCCGUGCCGAGGAUAAUUCCGCGCACGGAGAGCGCGAGGAGAAGGGCUAUGGGAGCCAACACGAGUUCGACCGAGGCGAGAACGAGGACCGCGAGGCCGCUCAUCAAGAGGGGGAGUACAAGGAGGAGGCGGGACACGAGGGCGGCCACGACGAGUCCAACUCGGAAUACGACGCCCACGACGAGGCUGAGGCGGGCCAGGAGGGAGCGAACUUCGGUAAAAAGGCCUAUCGGAAAAAAGGCCACCGUACGUCCGGCUUUCACAACGUUUAUCACAAGGACGAGUAUAAAAAGGACACGGACUUUUACGACGAGGACCAUAAUGGCGGGCACUACGAAAAUUACGGAGCUUUCGACGCUCAUCGUAAGGAUGAGGCGGCGGGCUACGAGAAGGGAGGCAAGCACGACUCAGCCUACGAUCUCGGGAAACACGGUCAGGAGGGCUACCACAACAAGGGCCUUGAGCACAAUCUGCGCAAGGGGCAUCAGGGCGCCGAGGGCGAGGACACCUAUCGAGAGGAGCACACGGAUUAUGAUAAAAAAGCCGCCAGGCACCACGCAAAUCAACACGGCUUCAAGCAAGCUCACGGAUACCGAUAAGCGCAUCCCGACUGCCGGCAACACCGACCUGUACAUAGCUUAUCAAACACGUCGUCGCUCCUUUCAUCCGAAUCUUUUUUCUAUAAUAAUGAAUAAUUGGCGUUUGGCAAGGGUGUUUCGUUCCCGUGGCUUUUACAUUGGUCCUUCAUCAUUAAAAGUGUUUGGAAAAUCGUAGAGCGAUCUCGUUAAAUAUUAUCAU